AUAUUUAAAAUUUAAUACUGUCGUAGCAUAUUUAAAACAUUCGUUUUACAGAUACUGUUUUAAAAUCAAGUGAGAAAGCGACCAUGGGUUUUAACGCGGCCUACAAUACUCGUCCACAAAUGAUGCAAGCAGCUGAGUUAUCAACCACAGUGGGGUCAAUACCAAAAUCAUUGAGUGACGGUUCAUCAUCAUCGUUUCAUGUUCAAAAAAAUAAGAGGACACAAACCAAAUCACAAGUAUAUAGAUCUGUAUCUGAAGGAAGCAGUGAUGAAAAUGAAAAAAAAAGAUAUAGUAAAUCUAGACGUAAAUCAAAAAAUAGUGAGUCUACGGAUAUAAAUAAAAUAAAUUCAAUACUAGAAACUUUUGAAGACAAUAAUGAUACGACAAAACCGACACAGGAGAAGAAAGAACAUGAAAUUAAAAUUGAAACAGACAAAGAUGACAAAUCGAUAUCGAAUAGUCGAAAAAGAACUAAACCUUUGUACAGAGAAUCUUCUGAAAAAAAUGAUGCGACAGCGAAUGAUGAUAUUAGUAAUAAAAAUGACGAUUUAAAUACAAGUAGGAGAAAUUCACAAUCAAACCAAGAAGACAUAAGUGAUGAAUCACUUAAGAGAUUUAGAAAUACAAUAAGUCCAGUAAUGACACCAACUUCGUCUAAUCAACAGAUAAAAAGAAAUGAAGAUGACACAACUCAUGAUAAUAAUAAUCCUUUAUCAGGAACUCAAAGCAAUAGGUCGUCGUUACGUAACAAAGAACUCAUAGCCAAUAAAUUAUUUGAAACUAUUGAGGAAAAAGUCGAUAGUCUAUUCGAUGAUAAAAAUUCUUAAGAUAACUAAAAUAUAUAAUACGUAUAUUUAUUAAGAUUUAUUUAUAUUUAU